AUGUCAGCCGACUCCCAGCGCAAUCGCCCGGGCGGGACCGGCCCCGGAGUGGUGCGGUGCAUGCCCGCCAUCGUACCCCCGCAAGCCGUCAGCGACCGGUCCAUUAUCGACAGUGUGGCCGGGUUCAUCAACGACGUGACACUGCAGGCACAGGCUCCUGUAGGCGACAGCAAGGAUCACAUCCUGUGGGUUCGGUUUGAGAAUGCGGCCGAUAUCAGCGACCCAUGCCUUGGUGACGACUGGGAGCUUGAGGGUGGCAUCGCCCCACCGUUACUGAUCAUCCUCGGCUACGUGACAGGUGUACAGGUUUGGAUCGUGCCAGCAAACGGGGAAGCAAUCGAGGUGUUAUCCUGGCGCCAUGGCAGCGUAAAGUGCCUGCGAGUGUUGCCAACACCUGCACCCGGUGAUCGCGACUCGGCAACAGACCCAGCCGAUCAGUACACGCACAAGCGCCCCCUAAUCGCACUAUGCGAGAGUGGCCCAACCGGGGGUAGUGCGGGUGCGGCGGUGGCCGGUACGAAUGGUGGCUUUCAGUACUGUGCGGUCAAUUUCGUCUCGCUCAAGGAUGGAGAGACGGUUCGCAGCAUCAAGUUCAAGAGCGCGAUCGUCGACAUCCUUGCGAACCGAUCCUCGAUCGUGGUGACGUUUCCGGAGCGCAUCGCUGUGUUUGACGCGCGUACGCUUGAAGACCGCCUUACGGUAACGACGUGCCAUCCAAGCCCGGGGCUCAAUCCGAACCCGGUCGCGCUGGGAUCCCGGUGGAUCGCGUACGCCGAACGGCGGCUUAUUCCCUCGAAGCGAUCGAGCGGUGGUUGCGAAGGUGAUGGCGUCACCAGUUACACCGCGACGGUGCUGAACGCGGCCAAAAGCCUUGGAAAGGGUUUGCGUGAGCUCGGGGAGCAGGUGGCCGCUGGGUUGACUGGGAGCCAUCUUGGAUCGAGCCUUGGAUCGAGUUUGGUUGGGAGUGGAGGCGGUUCCGGAGCGUCCGGUAUCGGUGGUGGUACUCUCGGUGGACCCGGUUCGACUGGUGACAUCAGUGGUGGUGGAUCACUGGCCGGUGGGCUUGGUGAGAACAAUCAGCCCGGUGUUGUGACAGUGCUGGACAUCAAGCACCCUAUUAAGGACGUAAGCCCUACGACGGGUACACCAAUUACGUGCACCGGUGGUGAUCCGAUCGUAGCACACUUUCUGGCACACUCGGAAGCCAUCGUAGCGCUGGCGUUUGACGCCCCCGGUAUGCUUUUACUGACCGCCGAUCGGCGUGGUCACGAUUUCCACGUGUUCCGGUUGCAUCCGCACCCGAGUGGAGCAUCCCUGGCAGCCGUACAUCACCUGUACGUGUUGCACCGAGGUGACACAACGGCCAAGGUGCAAGAUAUCUCCUUCUCGCUGGACUCUCGGUGGGUAGCGGUCUCGACGUUGCGUGGCACAACGCACGUGUUUCCGGUCACGCCGUACGGUGGUCCAGCUGGGGUACGCACACACGGAUCGCCCCACGUCGUGAAUCGGCUGUCCCGGUUCCAUCGCUCAGCGGGUUUGUCCAUCGAUGGCCGCUCCAGCAGCCCGGUGUCACAUUCCGGUGAAGGUGGUGCCGGAUCACACCACACACCGACGGCUACGGCUUACGCAAACCCACGUACGCCACCAUUUCCACAUCCGACGAUUGUACAACCGUUGGCACAGUUGCGCCAGCCGGCCAGUUUGCUCGGAGGUGCUGGUGGAGUUGGCCUAGGAUCCGGUGGAGGCGGUGGAUCGGGAUCGGGGAAGGUAUCGGCCGGGGGACAUCACCAUCACCACGCACGCCAACGUAACUCCUCGUCAUCCUCAUCGGAUGAUCUGGUGAAGCCAUUGCGUGUGUGUGCCAGUUUCGCUAAGGCUCGGUCUUGGUUGCUCGAUCCGCCCGGAUGUUCCGUGCGCGAUACACCUGCCCAUCGCAUCCAGCGCAAACCGGUUGAUUCGCUUUUCAUCAUGGCGGCACAUGGCGCUCUUAUUCAGUACGAUCUCGAGCCGAAACACGCCUCGGGCACACCGAAGGAGAAGAUAUGCGACGACACACCGAUCGAGCUCGAGGUGGAGGCGAAGGCCCAAUGGUGCCUCCAGCGCCAGGAAAAUGCUUCCUCGAAUGACAUCCAGCCGCCGCUGUCACUCGACAAUUGGCUUAUAAAAGACCGGUUCCUGGAGGAAGGUGUCGGUGGUGGUGGUGGUGCCGGUGACGGUGGUUCCACGCUCGACUACGGGAGUGGGUACGAUCGGCUGCAACAUCCGCAUAAUCGCGGCAGUACCGGCAGCAUCACCAUGGAUCACGACGAUCGGUGGCUAUCGCAGGUUGAAAUCAUCACCCACGCUGGGCCACACCGGCGCCUAUGGAUGGGACCGCAGUUUAUGUUUAAAACGUACAACACACCGAGCGGCUCCCCACUAUCGUCGAUCGAUACGGAAGCGGUGGAAAUUUGCACCGGUGGCGCUGGUGGCGGUGGUAGCGGUGGCGUGUACAACCGGCCCCUCCAACGGUCCAACCCGAUGAACAUGCCUUUAGCUGGAGGUAUGAGGCCCUUGGUACCAGUUCUCAUUGAAUCAGGAUCAUGUAGCAGCUAUGAGCAAAGUCCGCGUAUGAUGAACAUGAACGAGUUUCGCCAUCAUGAAAAUCUUGACACGGAGUUUUCCUCCCUCGGUCCUGUGGAAUCGCAGCUGCGCGAGGAUCUGGCGGAUGCGAUGCGCGAAUCGCCUCUUAUUGCGACCGGCAGAGAUACGACAGGCAAUCUAUCGGCAUCAACCGGUUCGACGGGCGGCGGUGGCGUCGCAGGACAUCAGCAGCAUCAUCAUCAGCAGCAACACCCGAAUCCCGCAUUGAACCAGCAUCCAUUGGCGUCCGCAACCGGGCUAUCGUCCGUGUCGUCUUGUUCAUCCACGUCGAUCUACUCAUCCACACACUCCUUGAGCUCGAUCUGCGACCAUCAGCAGCAGCAGCAGCAGCAGUACCAUCACCAACAGUGCGGCAGUGCUAGCGGUGGCUGCAGAGCGACCGGUGUCAGCGGAAGUGGCGAAGCGGAUGGAACCGGAUGUUUCUAUGAAUGUAAGCAGCCGCCGCCCUGCACCAGCGGCGGCGACGGUAGCAACAAAGCUAGUGGUUUAGUUAUGAAAGGUCUCGGUAGUGCCCAGUCGAGCGCGCAAUAUCAGCAACAGCAACAGCAGCAUCACCAUCACCACCAGCAGUACUAUCCAGAUCCGGGUCGACCGGAUUCGGCCGCCAGUGGGCGGAACGUCGGUGGCGUAACGAUUGCGAAGGUGGUCAACCCGCUCGGUACGGUGACGACGAUCAGCAACGCCGGCAGCACGGCCGGACCGGAGAGCCUGGAGUCGGACGAUUUCAUGCAAGAGUGCGGUGAGGCCUAUUUGCACGAGAACUGUGACGAGGCGCUGUUCCGUCCGGUUGUUACAGUGCACCACGGUGCAGGUGGAGGACCGGUUCCGCGCGAGUUGGAUGCGCACGAGAUGCACCCAGGACGGUAUAGAGGUUCGUCCUUAGAUCGGACCGGUUCCGGUGGCACCGAUGGGGCUGGUACGUUGUUGAGCGGUGGGUUCGAACAACGUCCCGUCAGUCAGCCGGCUUCCUUGAUCGGUCGCGAUUUGAUCGUACCGGUGAUUGAGGAGAAAAAUUUGGCGUACUUCAGCAGCAGCGGCAAGCAGCAGGUCCAACGUGGUACCACGGCCGGGGUGGCACACCGGAGCAAGGAGGUUACCAUGAUCAUGGAGAAGGAAGACCAGCGGCCGCUGAGGGCUAGCGUGCGCAAAGGAUCAGCAAAGGAGCAAGAUGGCAAUAAGCAAUUGAAGGACGACAAACCGGAAAAGCAACCGGAACCGAAGCGUAGGUCUGUUGAAGUGAUCCCACCCGCGUGCGAGGAGUUCGUCAACAUCGAGCUGCCAGUGGCAAUGGAGGAGAGUGUCUCUGCAAUCCCGAUGGAUGCUGGAAAACCCGGUGGAAAGGCCGAAACGAAUGCGAACAGUGGUAAAGGACGUGCGACUGCCAGCGAUGUGGGAAUGAAGGCUUCUCGUAAGGAAAAAUCGUCCUUGCCAGUUGAGGAUGUGUCGCGAAAAGCUAAAAAAGAUACGGGCAAUGGUGGCUUGCCGCAGGAUAAAAGAAGCGCGCCGGAAGGGGACAGUACGCUCACCGAGAAACGAACCGGUGGUAAACGGAACGCGAACAUCCAACCAAAGGAUGGUUCCAAGCGAAAAGAUACCGCCGUAUCCGUUGAGCCGGAUCGAAAGCAACGCACCCCGCCAGGGGUGAUAGAUGCCGUGGAACUACUGCCUCCACUGGAAGCACUGAAAAUAGACGAUUUGGAAUUGUUCGGGGAGGAUACGGAUCGGGAAGUGAUGUCGAAAGCCCCAGUGGCCACUAGUCGCAAGGAUCGCAAGGAUGUCGUAAGCAAAUCGAACACGACGAGCGGUCGAGGCAAACGUGAUACGAAGGUGUCCACAACUAUGGACACCUUCUACGACCCAUUAGCCACUGACGAUAGGUACGAGAUGUUGGGCUUCGUUGAGCCACCGUUGCCUCCGCUGGAAUUGCCGGAAUUUCCCUCUGAGGGUGAGUCCGAGCAAGUGACGACUGGUGCAAAACCAGAAGUCGUCGAGACCACCGAGCGAACGCUGAUCAGCUUCGAAAGUCCUUUGCACGAGCACGCGUUGGAUGGUGUUGAGCAGGCGAACGCUGAACCGACCCGUGUCGACCAGCAAGGUCAGGUUGCGGUGCAGAUGCAAGGCGUACUAGCCGGAGGCAACAUUCUGUUGGCCAUGUGUUCGAGCCUGCGAGAAGCUUCGCCAGCGGUGGCGUCGGAACAGGCCACUGAGACAGGUGAAUCAGCCGAAAUGCACAACUCAACCACCUCGAUAAGGUACGCUCCGAAACAACCCUCGCUGGAGGGGCAGGAUUCGGACUACAAAAGUCUCGAGCUGGAUGUGGAACUACCGCCCUCGCCUGGGGCUGCAGAUGAACCGACCGAUAUGACGAGCUCGGCGAAUACAAACGCCAUCAACACCGCAACCAUCGUAAGUCUCCUGUCGUCGGCGUCUGAAGACGACGAGGAUGUAACGACCAACUCCACCAACAACGAGCAGGAAGAGGAACCCGGUGACGAAACAGGUCCUACGCCGCUGGUCGAGCUGGAGGAUCUCCCAGUGGAGAAGGUUGGAAAAAGACGGCGACGUAAAAGAACCAGCCAGCAUGGUACCGUGAGCAACACGAACGCCGACGAGGACGAUGGUGGCGAUGAAGAGGACGAAAAUGGUGACGAAGAGGAUGAAGAGCUACAGCCAUUGAUCUCUAGCAACAAGACGUCCUCAUCGUCGCUCUCGACGGCUCCGGCAACGACGACGAUGUUGGGGAUGAAAAAGGACCUCCCGCUCCCGGUCGAAGAUCCUCAUCCAUUGUACGACGUCGAUAAUACCGCAUCCACGUUGUUCACAGCACUGCCACCGGAGGAUGACGGUACGGACACCAAUGGCGAGCAGCCAGUGAAGCAGGCGAUCGCAACAACGCCUACUUCGCCGGCAGUAGAAGUUGCCUCCUCCACGGAUGUAUCUGCGACAGCUAAACCGCUUACGACCAACAGCAGUAGUAGCAGCAGUAGUCUCAGUGCGAGCGUUGGGGUCACCUUGGCGGGCAGCAAACCGGGUGCCACCCUGGCCGGUGGUGCGAAUGGAAGCAAUGGCAAGAAAAAGUCGAAGAAGAAGCGCAAAUAA